UUCCUUGUGUCUCUGGUGGCUUGCCUAAACCUGAAAAUAUCACUUUCUCGUCCAUAAAUAUGAAGAACGUCCUACAGUGGAAUCCACCAGAGGGCCUGACAGCAGUUGGAGUUAUUUAUACUGUGCAGUAUUUCAUAUAUGGACAAAAGAAAUGGCUAGAUAAAUCUGAGUGCAGGAAUAUCAGUAGGAUGUACUGUGAUCUCUCAGCUGAAACCUCGAACUACGAACACCAGUAUUAUGCCCGCGUGAAGGCCAUGUGGGAAACAGAUUGUUCCAAAUGGGCAGAAACUGGACGGUUCUACCCAUAUUUAGAAACACAAAUUGGCCCACCAGCAGUUGCUUUGACUAGUGAUGAGAAGUCCAUUUCAGUAGUUCUGAUGGCUCCAGAGAAGUGGAAGAGAAAUCCAGAAGAAGGUUCUGUUUCCAUGCAACAAAUAUACCCCACUUUGCAGUAUAACGUGUCUGUGCACAAUACCAAAUCAAACAGAACGUGGUCACAGUGUGUGACCAGCCACUCCUUGGUGCUUCCCUGGCUGGAGCCGGACACUCUGUACUGCAUCCUCGUGGAGUCCCUCGUCCCCGGGCCUCCUCGCCUCACUCCGCCUUCGGAGGAGCUCUGUAUCAGUACUUUGAAAGAUCAGACGUUGGCGUUGAAGGUUAAAAUCAUCUUCUGCUAUGUUUUGCCCAUAUCUGUUACCAUGUUUAUUUUUUCUGUGAUGGGCUACUCCAUGUACAGAUACAUCCAUGUUGGCAAAGAGAAACACCCACAAAAUUUGAUUUUGAUCUAUGAAAAUGAAUUUGACAGAAGAUUCUUUGUACCUGCUGAAAAAAAUGUGAUUAACCUUAUCACCCUCAAUAUUCUGGAUGAUUCUAAAAUUUCUCAUAAGGAUGUAAGUUCAAUGGAAAAAAGCAGUGAUGUAUCUGACCUUAACGAUACUGAGCCCAGCAAGGACCAGGAGCCUCAUCAGGCAGAAGACGAGGUGAAACACUUAGGGUAUGCUUCACAUUUCAUGGAAAUUUUCUGUGACUUGGGGGAAAACACAAAUGGUACUUCUGUCACCCAACAUGAGUCACGCAGCAGAACAAGAGCCACAGAUGAAACGGUCAUAGAAUAUGAAUAUAAUGUAAGAAUUGCUGACUUUUCUGUGGGGCCUGAAGACCAAGAGCUUAACUUGCAGGAGGACAUGUGCAUACAAGGAAAACUAUUUGAGCAAGAGGCCCCUUUGGCAAACUUGGUCCAACAGACAUUAUUGUAUCCAUGUGUUCCCCAGCUCAAAGACUUAGACCACCCAAUGCAGGAGCCCACAGACACUGAGGAGGGGCCAGAGGAAGAGCCAUUGACAACACUGGUGGACUGGGACCCUCAGACUGGCAGGCUGUGUAUGCCUCCAUUAUCUGACUUUGAACAUGAGUCUGAGAAAUGUGAGCAUUCUGAGUGUGGUGGGCUCACGGAGGAGGGCCUUUUGUCCAGGCUGCAUGAGGAGCAGGCUCCAGACAAGCGACUGGAAGAAAAUGAAAGCUAUCUCACGCAAUUUAUGGAGGAUUGGGGAUUAUACGUACAAAUGGAAGACUAAUGCCAAAACUUCCCUCUGCCAGACCCUUACUGUCACAGAGCACAUGAGUGCAAAUGAGUUGCAGAACAACAAAGAACUUGGCAUAAAGGAUGCUUACUCAGAUUUUCUAGUGUCAGUGAGAAUUACUUAUUUGUUCGCUCUGUUUUGCUCUGCCUCAUAUAUGUGGCUGGUUCACGCAUAUGGGUCUCUUACAGUGAAGGUGGCUGACUCAUUGCAUUCAAUAAAGGUUGGUCCAGUUGGAUGCAAAAUUAAUCCAAGAUGGGUUUACUAUAGCCUCCUUGUUUAUUAUUUUCUAGCAAGCACACUUCUACAGUUAUUUUCUGGGCAUUUACCAUGUAUAUCAGAAGAAAGGCCCGGCAAUCUCACUCUGAAAAAUCAGCCUUUGAAAAAACCCUGUGCAGUGCAGUUCUACUCAUGGGGUUGCCAUGAGUCGGAAUAGACUCGGCAGCAACUGGUUUGGUUAAUUUUUUUUUUUUUUUUACCUUGUGUAGCAGCUUUGGCAAACUUGGGUUAACAGACAUGAUUAUAUUCAUAUACUCCCCACCUUCCUGGGUAAAUUCCAGCAACUGCAGCCAUCUUUUAUUCACCCUUAGCUUAAAAA